GGUGCCAGAAGCGAGGGGCCUCCCGGAGACUACGUGCGGUCGCCCGCUCCACUUGCGCCUACGCCUUCUGCUCCAGUUGCUUUCCAAUUGAGCGGAAAAGCCGGGGGCAUGUUGCCGGGGCCCUGGGAAGCUGGACGGUUCGGCACUACAGCCCGAAGCCCGCCUGUGCACUUUCCCGCCCACAGGCCGCCUAGUCUCUCUGGCUGCGGCCCCUGCCAACGUCCCCCAGGUUGGACACCAGACCUUGCAGCCCCCAGCCAGCCAGAUGGAAGCCCAGACUGACGUCGCAGGGUAAUGGGGACCCAGAGGCAGCUCUGUGUGGCCCCAUCGGGACCUCAGCCCUUAGUGGGGCUUUCUUUGUGACACUGUGGGACCCGAAGCGGGGAUGGGUCCCCCUAGCUUACAAUUCUGCCACUAUAGGAAACAGUUACAUUCAUUGUGUGCUGAGCAUUGGGAGUUAACAGGGGUGAGGUCAGCUCUAGAAGGCUUGGAAGUGGGGUGGUUGGAGUAUUGUUUAAUUGAGUGCGGGUGUGUGGGGGGGUGUGUGUGUAUGUAGAAACUAACAGUACAAAGUGCAGUGCCUGGCAACCAGUAAGCUCUCAAUAGACCUUCCAUGAAUGAAUGAGAAGGUUUGGUGACUGAGGGAGCAAGGCUGGAGAGGGCAGCUCUGCUCAUCCCACCCCUGCCUCCCCUGGGCUCAAGCAGACAAAAGUAAUUAGGUUGAGGCUUUAAUCACAGCUAGUUUCUCAGGGGCGGACCUGGAAGAGGAGGGAAAGGCAGAAAUCCUGGGGACAUAGGGUGCUGGCCUUGCUCACAGGCCUGCCUCCCUCUGAGACCCCUUCCACCCCCCACAGUUUGGCUCUCAGUAAUCUCUUGUUUUCUUGUCUUCCUCAGGACACUGGGUUCCCUAGGAGCCGCCCCAGGCUUAAUGAUUGUCCAGAAGGUGGCUAUAAAGGGAGCCUGGGAGGCUGGGUGGAGGAGGGAACGGAGGAAAACCUAACUCAGCAGAUCUGGACGCUGUGAGAGCUGCAGGCAAGAGCUGUGGGUUGGCGACUCUGUGUUCCAGCUCAUAGGGCCUGCUUUUUUCUACCAUGGCGGCCCAAGGCUAUGGCUAUUAUCGGGUUGUGAUCUUCUCGGCCAUGUUUGGGGGCUACAGCCUGUACUACUACAAUCGCAAGACUUUCUCCUUUGUCAUGCCAUUACUGGUGGAAGAGAUCUCUCUGGACAAGGAUGAUUUGGGGCUCAUCACCAGCAGCCAGUCGGCAGCCUAUGCCAUCAGCAAGUUUGUGAGCGGGGUGCUGUCCGAUCAGAUGAGUGCUCGCUGGCUCUUCUCUUCUGGGCUGCUCCUGGUUGGCCUGGUCAACAUAGUCUUUUCCUGGAGCUCCACAGUACCUGUCUUUGCUGCUCUCUGGUUCCUUAAUGGCCUGGCCCAGGGGCUGGGCUGGCCCCCAUGUGGGAAGGUCUUGCGGAAGUGGUUUGAGCCAUCUCAGUUUGGCACUUGGUGGGCCAUCCUGUCAACCAGCAUGAACCUGGCUGGAGGGCUGGGCCCUAUCCUGGCAACCAUCCUCGCCCAGAGCUACAGCUGGCGCAGCACGAUGGCCCUGUCUGGGGCACUGUGUGUGGCCAUCUCCUUCCUCUGUCUCCUGUUCAUCCACAACGAACCUGCUGAUGUUGGACUUCGCAAUCUGGACCCCACUCCCUCCAAGAGCAAGAAGGGCUCCAUGAAGGAGGAGAGCACCCUACGGGAGCUGCUGCUGUCUCCGUACCUGUGGGUGCUCUCCACUGGCUACCUUGUAGUGUUUGGAGUAAAGACCUGCUGUACUGACUGGGGCCAGUUCUUCCUUAUCCAGGAGAAAGGACAGUCAGCCCUUGUGGGUAGCUCCUACAUGAGUGCCCUGGAGGUUGGGGGCCUUGUAGGCAGCAUCGCAGCUGGCUACCUGUCAGACCGGGCCAUGGCAAAGGCAGGGCUGUCCAUCUACGGGAACCCUCGCCACGGCCUGCUGCUGUUCAUGAUGGCUGGCAUGACAGUGUCCAUGUACCUCUUCCGGGUAACGGUGACCAGUGACUCCCCCAAGCUUUGGAUCCUGGUGCUGGGAGCUGUGUUUGGUUUCUCCUCUUAUGGUCCCAUUGCCUUGUUUGGAGUCAUAGCCAAUGAGAGUGCCCCUCCCAACUUGUGUGGCACCUCCCAUGCCAUUGUGGGACUUAUGGCCAAUGUGGGCGGCUUUCUUGCCGGGUUGCCCUUCAGCACCAUUGCCAAGCAUUACAGCUGGAGCACAGCCUUCUGGGUGGCUGAAGUGAUCUGUGCAGCCAGCACGGCUGGCUUCUUCCUCCUGCGAAACAUCCGCACCAAGAUGGGCCGGGUGCCCAAGAAGGCUGAGUGAAGAGUGAGGCUCUGGAGUACCACCCCACCUGGCCAUCCCCCUGCACACUGUGGGGGAAGGGAGGGGGCUGCUCGGCUAGCACUGAAACUUCGACUUUCCCUUUCUGCGCCUUUUCCCUUGCCCAGGUGGUGCUGGAAGUUAGUAGUGGCUAAUGAGGUCCCAGCUCCCCAUCCUAUGCUCUACUUAAAAGAUAACAUUUAUCCGUGGACUCCAUUAGCUUCUAUUUCCUGCCUUUAGACAAAUGGGAAACUUCUGCAGUCAGGGAGCCUCCUGUACCCUUCUUCCUUUCCUGGACCCUGUCCUGUUCCCAUCCUACCCCAUCCCCACCUGAGGUGAGGCUGUUCCUGCAGUUACAAGACACUAAUGGCCCGUGACUUCUGCUCUGCCCUAAGUCCUCUCAGCAGUGGGCAAUUGCUAUUGCCAAUACCUCAGACUCCAGGGGAAGAGAGGAGGCCAUUACUCUAAUACCGUGGGCACAGUUAGGGGGAAUGGGUGGGAGGGUAAGAUGACUUGUUAUAGAAGAUUAAACUAGAUUUGAUACUAAACA